AUGCCACCUCAGGGAUUUACUGAGUGUGACGCUCCUUACCUGGCCUCCUCCUUCCCUCCCUUUGCUCCCGUUGUCAUUUUCCGGCUCCCUCCUCCCUGGGCUGGGCACGAAUUCUAUACUCUGUGUUCGGUCAGAUUGGCCAGCUUGGCAGAUGUCUUCGAGGUCUUGGUUAGUCGCGCGACCCGCAACCGCCGAGACCCUCUGGCCACCCCCUUCGCCGCAUCCCCCGCUGCAUCCAAACCACACGCACCCAUUCUCUCCUCCCUUCUGAAAGACCGGCCGAAGCUCCUAGCCAGCGUGGAGAAGUCCUCUAGGGCAGUGCGAUCGUUCGAGAGCACAGAGGCAUUGAGGAGGAUGUGGUGCGCCCGGGAGACUUGGGCAGAGGACAGGUACGAGCUGUUGCUUGAUGAGGGGGAUGUGAAGGCGGCGGUAAAUGUCCUCACCAGCUCGGACUUGGGUUCGUUCGGUCCUGUCACUCCCGAGUAA